UUGCAGGUUAGGAUAAUUAGGUUAAGAAAAGGUUUACGAUUAGCUAAAAUACAAAAAAAAUCUACUUUUGAUGAUUUGUUUCAAGCCGGACAUGAAAGUAAUUGUACACGCUGUUCCUAAAAGUCAGUUCCUAAAAGUCAGAAACCUACGCUUGGAGAUUCAGAAAGUUCCAAAGCUGUGAGUGAAAACAGCGAGAACAACAACAGUGGAACUGUUGAAAAGGCACCUCUCGCCAGGAACAAUUCCCUCACCAAUGAGUCCACCUUUGUGCCACCAAGGCCUGCCCCACCUUAACCAGGUGGGGAUUAUCCACGGGUGGGCUCUUUCGCAAAUGGUUCUCAGUCAUUUUGCAAUCUUACUCGUGAGUGCUUUCAGUGAUCAGUGAGAUGUUUGGCUGGGAUCUACCAUGGGCAACCUGUUUAUUUUCCCAAUGUCUUUGGCCAUGUGGAGUUGGUUAAGUGUCGAGAGCCCAAGUCUGAGAUCAUAUGCUUACUUGCAACACAACACUUUUUAUCCUCCAGCAAUGAUGUCCAGUGUCCUUAAGCCUUCACAAUUUGGAACAAGUAUUCUGCAAUCCACAAUCUUAAUGGUCACUGUCUUCGCCCAGACAUUGAUGUAUCUGCCAUUUUAAAGGUAAACUGUCCUUUUAUUCAUGAUAAUAACAAACCAACAAUAAGUUAACAUGCCAUGUCUCACCUAUACUACAGACAAGACAGUCUUACCAAACGCAGCAGUAGAACCUGAAAGAAACAAUGAACAUGAAAAGAGACUCCAAGAGAUGCAGAUAUUCUUGUUGGCCUACCUCACAGCAAAGAUGGCGAAUAAUAGCCAGAAAUUUGACGUAGGGGUGGAGGGGUGUAUUUUAUCAGUGAUGGAGGCAGAGGAGCAGCUACGGAAGGAUGUCCAUGAGAAGAACAAGCAGCUUGACGACCAGCUCGAUUUACAGAUCACAUCGCUAACUCCUGUGGCUGAUGCUGUCAAGCAGUUCACAGAGGAAUUUCAAGCCUUUUGCCACCGCAGUCGACAUCCACAUCAUGAGCUGCCAGUGAAGAACUUCUUCAUUGAGGGGGACAGAAUUAUGUUUCUGGGUAAAGUCACUGCUAGCCUGAAGAUGAGUGAGGAAGUGUUACUGCAGUGCACACAGGGAGCUCAGCAUGACCACGAGAAUUCUGCUGAGUGCCUGAGAGGGAUGAAAGCUGCUGCACAGAACAUCAGCUCUCAGGGAUUUCCUUCUUCACGGGGGUCUUUCAGAGUUGGUGGAGCUGUCAUCGCUGGUCGUCACCAGACCGUUCAGAUUCAGCAGUUCUCGGAGGAGCUUGGUUUGACCAAAAAUUGCCCCAAACAGUGAAGCAGCAUUGGAGAACCUUGUAUAGCAUGUACAGUCUAUAGUUUUUGUUAACAUAGUUUAAUUACUGAACAUGGGAAAUGUUUUGUAAAACUUUAUAAUAAAUUGUAUACCUCAA